UCUUUUUUCCUAUCAUUAGGCUAUGACCUCCUAUGUAACAAAAAAAAAAGUGAUUCAAGGUUGGACUCCUUCCAACCGUAGAUUCAUAAUACUUGUUCUUUCACAUGCAGGAUCAAGAGUAGAUAAAGAAGAUCUGGAGUUGCCAUUAUUUGAUUUUGUUACCAUUGCAUCCGCCACCAGCAACUUCUCCAAUUCAAAUAAAAUAGGAGAAGGCGGGUUCGGACUUGUGUACAAGUUCUUACUUGUUGCACACAAUAAUUUGCAGGGUGAGCUAUUUAGGGGACAAGAAAUUGCGGUGAAGAGGCUCUCAAGCAAUUCCAAGCAAGGUGUUGAAGAGUUCAAGAAUGAAGUUGUAAUGAUAGCUAAGCUUCAGCAUAGGAAUCUUGUUAGACUUUUGGGCUAUUGCGUUGAAAGAGAUGAAAGGAUGCUCAUCUAUGAGUUUAUGCCAAACAAAAGCCUCGAUUGCUUUAUUUUCGAUCAAAGCAAGAGAAUGGUGUUGACAUGGCCGAAGCGUUUUGAAAUAGUUAUGGGAAUUUCAAGAGGACUUCUUUAUCUCCAUCAAGAUUCAAGGUUGCGAAUCAUUCAUAGGGAUCUGAAAUCCAGCAAUAUCUUACUAGACAAUGAGUUGAACCCCAAAAUUUCAGACUUUGGCAUAGCAAAAAUGUUUGGAGGUGAUCAAGUUGAAGCCAAAACAAAACGAGUAGUUGGCACAUAUGGUUAUAUGUCUCCAGAGUAUGCAAUGGAUGGAAAAUUUUCAAUGAAGUCUGAUGUAUUUAGCUUUGGGGUGCUUUUGUUAGAGAUAAUAAGUGGCAAAAGGAACAGGGGUUUCAAUCAUCCUGAUCAUUACCACAAUCUUUUGGGACAUGCAUGGUUGUUGUGGAACAAUGGCAAGGCUUUGGAGCUUAUGGAUCCUUCAUUGGAAGAUUCAUGUGUUGAAGCCCAAGUUGGAAGAUGCAUUCAAGUAGGUCUACUAUGUGUUCAGAAACACCCAGAAGACAGGCCAGCAGUGUCAUCCGUGGUUCUGAUGUUGGGUAAUGAGGAGGUCACGCUGCCAAAACCGAAAGAGCCUGGCUUCUUCACAGAAAGAAGUUCCUGUGAUACAGAGGAUGGAACAUCUUCAACAAAAAAUUCGGUCACCAUUACAAUACCAGAAGCUAGAUAAAAACAUGGUUGGUCGGGUUCACUUUUCACAACUUGAUUCAUAUCAAGUGAAUUGAUUGUAAAGCCUAUUGGUUCAGCAGCGCAUUUCAUUUCAAAUUGUCUAAAGCUUGAAGGUUCAGGGUUACCUUUUUUUUUUUUUUUUAUUUGACAUGAACAGGCCCAACUCAAAGCUGUAUAAGCAACUCUGUGAUUUGGGAUU